AUGGAUACCCGAUUCUCUGUCCAAGAGCCGCCUGUUACGCAGCUUCGGCCACUACACACCUACCAGCAAUCUCUGCAAUCAUCAAACGAUCAGCUACUACACUGGACAAGUUCAUUUGAGCCAAGACCUGACCAAGACACUGCCAUCAAGGCAUUUGUGAAGAUCGUUUCUCGAAUUAUUAUUCUUGACGAGGGAGAGAGCUUUUGCAUCCAAGACUCACAACGUGGAGGAUAUAUCUUGGCAAAUUCAGAUGCUGAAACCGUUAAAUUUGUUCAAUAUGAAGUUGAUCAAGAUAUUCCCACUCAAUUCUCUAUUGGCGACGGAAAGGAUGUACAGUUUCACAUCGAAGACAAUGGCCAGACUCGCCUGACAGUCAAGUCGACAACAGUCCCUGAAGCGGCUCUCCAAGCACUGGGAUCCAUGUUUGACGACAUUCUCGGCCAAGAAAAUCAGACUGGAGUCUCCAGUUGGUCUCAGCCCUCUGUCCUCAACUUUCUACCAAGGACCAGUCCCAUGGAUAUUGCUCGUCAAGAUGAGACACAAUCAAAUCAUUUCCAAAGUGACUCGAGCAAGACUGGUUUUCUGCAUUGUUGGUUUGAACAAAGGGCACUUGAGAGUCCUGAGGCGAUUGCAAUCGACUACCUAACUGAUCUCGACAGCGGCAGCCGAGUCCAGUUCACAUAUCGACAAGUCUCCAACAUUGCGACUACUCUGGCCGCCAGGAUUUUAGAAUUGGCUGCACAAUCGUCUCAGUCGCUCAAGACUGUUGCUGUCCUGAUGGGACCGUGCCCCGAACUUUACAUUUCUUACCUGGCAGCUUUAAAGACUGGCGUGGCAUUCUGUCCUAUCGCUGUCGAGGCACCCAAGGAACGAAAAGAGGCCUUGAUGGCAGACCUUAAACCAUCUGCUGUUCUGACAACGUCCUCUAUUUUCAGCUCAGAUACUUGGCUAGGUACACGAGACGUUUUGACGGAAGUUGUUGACGUUACUCCUUACCUCGCUUCACCCGACGUUGAGCCACCACAACUGUCGUCCCAAUCAACUACAGUAGAUAAUAUAGCCUACGUUCUUUACACAUCUGGAACAACCGGUCUUCCAAAGGGUGUAGCAGUCAGCCAUCUCUCUGCGUCAUGCACCAUUUCCUCUCUGAGCACUCACUACAACUUUACUCUCCCACCAGCUGGAAGCAAACCAGUCCGAUGGUUCCAAGGCGCUGCACCAACAUUUGACAUCUCGCUUUUCGAGAUCUUCUGGACUCUGAGUAGCGGAUCGACACUCUGCUGUGCGCCUCGAUAUCUCACCCUUCAGAACAUCGACAAGGUUGUUACAACUCUAGAAGCUGAUAUCACGAAUAUCACACCUAGCUUUGCUAGCCUUUUGGAUCCGAAAUCGAUCAAGGGGUUGAUGGUUGGUGGUGAGACACUGAAUGCAAGACUCUUGCAGGACUUUGCCCAGUGGAAUCCGCCGGGAGAUAAUGAGGCUACGCAUGUGCCUAGAGGCAUCUUCAACGGUUAUGGUCCAACAGAGACAGCUAUUUACUGCAUUGCUCAAGCUCAUGUCCUUGACAACCAGCGAGGUUCAGUUAUCGGAACACCGCUAGCGACUUGUGGCGCUCUGAUUGUUGAUCAGUCGUCAUCUCAAGGUCUACAGCCUGUUCCCAUGGGCGCAGUUGGAGAACUUGUCAUCACAGGACCUCAAGUAAGCAAGCUUGGGUACCUCAACCGCCCAGAAGAGACUGCGCUAGCCUUCGUCGAUGAUGCGACGUGGGGACGGGCUUACAAGACUGGAGAUCGGGCAAGAGUGGUCUUUGAUCCCAAUGGCUCACCUGUCAUUGAGUUUCUGGGCAGAAUAUCCGACGAUCAAGUCAAGCUCAGCGGCCGACGAGUUGAGCUUGGUGAGAUUGAGAGUGUACUAGCAAGCAAGGUCGAUGGUGUGAGAGAGACGAUGGCUUGUGUAUGGAAGCAAGGUGCAGAGUCUGGCUCAGAAAAGGUUGUCAGCUUGGUUGUUGUCGAGCCUCGUGGUGGAGUGAGCUUCGAUACUGUUCACCAAGAGUGCUUAGAGGCUGCGAAACUGCAUCUACCAGAUUAUAUGAGACCUUUCAGGAUCUUGCAGGUAGAUACGCUUCCGAGGUCCGCGUCAGGAAAGGCGGAUCGCAAGGCCGCCCUCAGAAUCGUCAAUGACUUACUAGCGAAGGAUGGAGGUGUGAGCUGUCAAACGCCUAGUCAGGGUGGCAAUUCACAUACUCUCCAGCCUUUGGAGGAUUCCGAUGAUGCGAAGCUGGAGAAAGAACUCCUUUAUAUCGUGCGUGGUGUUCUUGGCGAUGGCUCUACGGAGGGCCUUAUCGUUACGCCUGUCACCGUCCUAGCAGAUGCAGGUAUCGACAGUCUUCGAGCAAUGCGCAUUUUGAGAGAUGUCAGAAAGCGAUGGCCAGUCUCUGAACGUCCCUCUAGCCACUCAUCCCGCGCCAGACUACAGCCAUCACUUGCAGUCCUUCUAGACGCAAACGCCACUGUCCGUUCCGUCUUCUUUCCCAGCACAGAGGACAUAGAGACAUCCAUUUCUUCCAGCACAAACGAGUCUGACACGAGGACUAAGCUUGAGGCCUUCGUUGCUAAGCAUCUCCCCGAGGCCGUCGAGAAGCUUGGUUUGAAGGAGUCCGACAUUGAGAUGGUACUUCCUGCGACGAGUACUCAGAGUCAAUUGGCUGUCAGCUUUGCCAUGGACAAGCGCAACUACAUCAGCCAUACCGUCUUACGACUCAAGUCUGGCGUUUCUACUACUGCUCUGAAGGAUGCUGUCAGUGAUGUACUUUCCCGACAAGCCAUUUACCGGUCCGCCGUACUUCCCUGUGAUGACAAUUUGUCUCCGUUUAUACAAGCGACUUUGACCGUGGGCGCUUGGCAGGGAUUGGUGGGAGAAUCCAGUGUAGUUAUGCACAAGGCCAGCGAUGGGAGACCCUCCUCUGAUGCGCAAUUGUGGAUUGAGCUGGCCGAGGAAGAGCUCAACCUCGAGACUCACAGGCUGUAUCAUAUCCAGGUCGUCGAGUCAGAAGACACCGACAAUGGUGGCCUUUUGGUCAUCAGCGCCGCGCACUGCAUCUGCGACGGACCGUCACUGGAGGUGCUGAUGAGCGAUAUUGCCCGACAGUAUGCUGGAAUGGAACCUCUUCCGCGACAAGGUAUCUACGAGGCCGUCUUCGAUUGGGCCUCCAACAUCAGCGCGGACACGGACCAGCUGUGGCAGAAGGCUCUCGAAGGAUGGGAGACUGAGCCUCUUGGGGCCAUCAGUGGUAACAAUGUCAAGCCGUCAGCUGCUAGAGCUCGUCAACAUGCCAUGGUUCAGCAUUCCAGCAACAUCUCCUGGAAUGUUCUCGAGGCCAAGAGCCGGGCACUGGGAGCCUCACCACUCACAAUCCUCCAAGCGUCGUGGGCUAUGCUCUUGCACAUCCUCUCCGAGGCAGACACCGACGAUGUCACCUUUGGCAGCGUCCUCUCUGGCCACGACGAGUUUAUUCACGCACCGACCUUCUCUGUUGUUCCAUACCGCGUUGCUUUGCCCGAGUCACAGUCCGUGCGACAGCUCAUUCACAAUUUGAUGGGCUAUUCUCGAUUUGCGCAAGGCCACAGACAUACUUCCUUCGGCGUCUUCAAGACUCUUCCCUACAACACCGCUCUCGCCCUUCAAGCAUACCCUGCGCCUGAAUAUGGCAGCGAUGGCGCCGCUCUAUGGACCGAGGUCUCGAACCCUGCUAUACGUUAUGACUUUGCCAUGUUUGCAGAGGUCUUCCCCACGAACCCCAACUCUGCGGAUCGCAACGGGAGGUUCGACGACGUUUUCUUCAAGGUGACUUAUCGCGAUGAGACAUUCUCUGAGAUUUCUUCUUCAUGCAUUGUGAAGCAGUUCGCCGCUCUCACUGAAGUUAUACUUCGGUCGGUGCCAGAUGACUUGGUGCAGACGCUGCCAGCGCGUAUGGAGCGAGCUUUGUUAUCCGCCGAAGGGACGAUUCCUACUAAACCCGAUGUUGAGGCGCUGCCCGCAGACCUACGAGAGGCUUACGAGAGAACCCAAGUUCUGCAUGCCCAGUUCGAAGACCAAGCUGCGGCUACACCCGACCUCUUGGCUUUGAGCUUCUACUCUUCUCUGGAUGCACCUCCCGUUGAGUUGAGCUACGCUGAGCUUGACGCCCGAGCCAACGGUCUAGCUAACAUCCUCCGCGAGCAAGACAUCGGCAUUAUCCCCAUUUGUAUGGAGCGCAGUGUCGAGUUGUACGUCUCAAUCCUGGCUAUCAUCAAGGCUGGCUCAGCAUGGUGUCCCAUCGAUACUACAUCUCCUGUUCAGCGACGCACAUCACUCAUCGCGAGAGCACAUAGCAAAUUCCUGCUUACAAACACCGAGUCGCUCCCACUGGUCGAGCCUUGUCUUGAACAAGGAGCUUUGAAGGAUGUUCAGAUCAUUUUGGUGGACAAGUACACUGAUUGCAAGACAUCUAUUCGAGCCAAGCCCCGCGAUAGUAUCGCUUCGUCCAAGGUCAGUGGAAAAGACCUGGCGUAUCUGCUCUGGACAUCUGGAACAACUGGAGAGCCCAAGGGAGUCAUGAUCCAGCACAGCGCCGCCGCCCAAGCUAUGCGAGACCUGCAAGUACAGGUAGAGCAUGAAGACAGCGAGCAAGUGCGAACGCUCCAGCUCUCGGCUUACAGCUUUGACGUCUUUGUUCAAGACCUUUUCUACACCUGGGGCUUGGCUGGUACAGUCAUUAGCGGUACAAGGGAGCUUGUUCUAGGAACAUUCACUGAGUUCAUUUGGAAGUCUCAACCAACACAUGCUCACCUUACGCCCUCCUUCGGCGCCAGUAUCGCUGUGAAUGAGCUCAAGGGUUCCACUUUGCAGUAUGUCACGUUCAUCGGUGAGAAGCUCACCGAAGAUGUCGCUGAAGCCUGGGCGGCUCCGGAUAUCACCACCCGUGCUUACAACACCUACGGUCCAGCCGAGAAUGCAGUUGUUUCGACAAUGAGGCGCUUCUAUGGCAAGAGCCGUGACAACGCCAAAGCCGCCAAUGUAGGUUUCCCUCUGAACCCAUGCACAGCUUAUGUUAUGCGAGAAGUCGGUACUGCUGAAGGUACCAACCGAUGGGAGCUCGUCCCACGUUAUGGUGUUGGUGAAUUGGCCCUCGGUGGUGCGCAGGUCGGCAAAGGAUACCUUGCGAACGAGGCAAAGACGACAAAGGCUUUCAUUCAGGGUGGUCCUGGUAUUGACGAACGCAUCUAUCUGACUGGUGAUCUUGUUCGCUUGAACGACCAUGGCUUUGAGUUCCUCGGUCGCAAUGAUGAUCUGGUCAAGAUCACAGGCAUUCGUAUUGAGUUGAGCGAGAUUAGCGCCGCGUGCGCAAGUCUGAAGGAUGAUGAUGCGGCAAUUGAGCACGUUGAGACGCUAUACCUGCAGAGACCUGGUGCGCCUGCUGAAAACAACAACAAGGUCGUUGUCACGUUUGUAUCUGUCAAGGCUGCGAAUGUCGACACAAGGAAGAUCAGGACACAGGUGUUCAAGAGAGCAAAGGAUAUGUUACCCUCUUAUAUGGUUCCUGGUCAUGUUGUGGUUUUGGAUACGACUAUGCCUCGAACCGCAUCCAAUAAGGUUGAUCGAAAGUCGUUACAGGCUAUCUACGCUGAGUCGGAUCUGAAUGUGUUGGCUGGUAGGGAUGAUGUCGCAGGGUCUCAAGGUCUAGGCCCAGCCUCGACACGACAACAAUGGACAGCGGAGCAGCUCACUAUCCUCAAGACCAUUGCUUCCAACUUUAACAUCGCAAUCGAGAACCUCUCGCCGGAAGAUAGUUUGGCAGGUCUGGGCUUGAGUUCUCUGCAAGUGACCAAGCUGGCUUGGCUACUACGACGAGAGCUUCAAUGUCAAGUCGGCGUUCUUGAUCUCAUGAGAUGCGAAUCCCUCGGUGAAUUGGUUGACAUCACUUUGAGUCGCAUGCCCAAGACUACUCAAUCGCAACCAAGCGACACGAAGCCUAUUGAGACUUCGUGGCUUGCUCCCAUCAAGGCUGCACUCACAGCAAACAUCAAAGGCGCUUUACGGCCAAGCGACACAACAUCUAUUCUACCUGCGACACCAAUGCAAGAGUCACUCAUCGUCGAGACUAUGCUCGAACCGCAAGCUUACUGGGCUCAUCGCGAGUUCGACCUAAGUCAUCUAGACGAGAUAGACUCCCGACAAUUGAAGAGAGCUUGGAUUGCAGCUGCCAAGCGCUUCGACAUUCUUCGAACGAUCUUUGUUCCUCUGACUCAACUCGAUGUGGAAUGCAAUGAUAACACAGUUGGCUGGGCGAAGGAGUUAGGAGUUCAAUCCACCAUCCUCCAACUUAUUCGAGACAAGCCGACCGUUCGCUGGACUCUGAUCUCCAGCGAGCAGAACCAAUCUCUGGGUGAAGUGGCUCGGGUACUACAGACAGAGCUUUCCCCUACCACAACAAUCGAGCCACCUUGGGCUGUCACAUUUGUCGAGGAUUCGAACAAGAUGAUGCUCAGUAUGCAUCACGCUCUCUACGACGCCGUCGCAUCGGACAUGUUCCUCGAAGCUGUGUCCAAGUUCUACAACAUGGAGCCUCUGGAAGACCUAGGCAAGGUUGCACAAUUUGACACAGGCCUUGACUUGGGUCUGUUGCCUUCACCCGUGAAGAGAGAUGAAGCGACAGCGCUUUGGAAUCGCCGCCUAGAAGAGCUGAGCAAGACUGUCUCUGGAGGCAUGCUGAAUGCUCCUCUGCCUGACCUGACGCAAUCUCGACAGAAGCAGGUCCAGAAGAUCCUCCUUGCUAAGCAAGACAUUCCUGCUUCUCUAUUGGACGCGGCUUUGGGUGUGUCGCUUCCAACUUUGCUUCAAUCGGCCUUUGGUUGUGUAUUGGCCUCGUACCUCGAAUUGGACUCGAUCAUACUCGGUCACACCGUCUCUCAGAGGGCAUUACAUCCAGACCUCGAGAACGUGGUCGGUCCUGCUAUUGCUACCUUGCCUCUCAUCAUUCGCUCAAACGCGACUUCGGCCGAGGAGCUGUGGAAGGAGAUGGCUCGUGACUCAGCGGAGUUGUUCAAGACGACACACAAUCUUCACCCGGUCGAUGUGAAGAAGAUGCUUAAUCGGGGAAGUGGCAGUAGCAAUGCGCCAUUCCCAGGUCUUUUUGUGUACCAUCCCGCAUCAGAUGAUAGCGAUGAUGGCUCUGUCGCGCACAUAUUCAACGAGGUCGGACAGGCACUUUCGCUCAAUGUUGAGCAUCCUCUUGCCUUGAACGUGUUCGAAGGAAACAAGUCGAUUGAACUCACUGGUGAUGGGCGUCGCAUCUCCCAACCACAGCUAGAACUCUUGUUGGACCAGAUUCUCGACCAAGCUCGGGUUAUGGUUGAAGCUUCACAAGUCCCUCUGUCGCAGCUGCAGAACAGAAUGGCAGGACGGCUUCUAUCUACCAGUGGCACUGUUACCACGAUCGAGAACACCCCAGCAAACCCGACUGACAGUGUCGCUUUGCAUGCGUCUCAACAUCCAGACUGGAUCGCAGCCGAGGAAGUCAUCUUCCAAUCCUCUGACGAUGAUGAGGAGAUAGUCACCAAGACUGUUACCUACGCCCAGUUGGAUACGCUCACCAAUGCCAUCGCUACGAAGCUCGUGCAACAUGAAGCCAAUCUUCAACCUGAUGAUCCUGUGGCCAUGUGCUUGGGUAGAGACAUCAAGUCGUUGGCAGUGACUUUAGCCAUCUUCCGUGCUGGUUUCAUUUAUCUCCCCGUCGACGAGGAUUUACCUUCUGCUAGAAAGCAGCUCCUCAUUCGAGACGCGGGCGCCAAACUGGUCAUAACCACGGACGAACUUGUCGGCGACCUUGGACUUGAUGCGAACGAUGAUGCCCCGGUUAUCACACUGCCUGAUGGCCAGGAUGAUCUCGAUGUCAUUUCUGCUUGGCCUGUAGCUGAGCACCUCUUUGAGGCUGGUGAUGGAGGUUACCUACUGUACACAUCUGGUUCAACAGGUCGUCCCAAGGGUGUUCGAGUCUCCAACAGCAACCUUUGCCACUUCGUCUCUGCCUUUAGUAACCGCCUGAUCGAACACUCGCCAGCGACAGCUAAGCUAGGAAGUGCCGGCAAGUACCUCAACCUCACGUCGCGAGCCUUCGACCCGCAUCUGACACAGCUCUUCGUACCAUGGCACCUUGGUCACCGAGUCGUUAUCGGCAAAGACCGCACCUCCAUGAUGGCGAAUCUGAAGGAGCUGAUCAAUGAGUUGAGCAUCACCCACUUCGGGUCUGUCCCCUCCGUCUUGACUCAAUUGCGAUUGAAGCCGGAAGAUGUGCCUUCUGUGCGAGUUAUUACUACAGGUGGUGAGAAGGCGUCCAACGAGCUUCUCAACACAUGGGCCCAAGACACUAAGGCUGGAGAUGACAGAGCUGUACUCUUCAACUUUUAUGGUCCAACGGAAGUCACCAUCGGAUGUCUCGGUCAUGCAGUUAAUCACGAUUCCAACGCGCGCAACCUCGGUCUUCCCCUUCAAGGACUCGAGACUGUCCUUCUUUACACAAGUACUUCCUCCGAUGACCUUGUUGUCGCAAGAAGAGGCCAGCCAGGUGAACUAUGCAUCGCCGGUCCCCAAGUCGCAUUGGGCUACCUCAACCGUCCCGUCGAAGACGCCAAGAGCUUCCAAACUGUUUCCAUUCUUGGAAGUACCAAGAGAGUCUACAGGACGGGCGACAUGAUGCGCAUGAUGAAAGACGGGACACUUGAGUUUUUAGGUAGAGCGGAUCAGCAAACCAAGAUCCGUGGUCAGAGACUCGAGUUGGAUGAGGUUGUCGGUUUCCUCAAGCAGGUCGCUGGUGACGCGGGCGACCUGGACUUUGCUGCUGCGGUUGCUUCUAGCGGCAAUGGUUCUACCCAGCAGCAGCAGCUUUUGGGCUUUGUCGCCAAGAAGACAAGUGGCGAAGAAGUUGAGCUCUUGUACGACUAUGAUCGCGAAUCAGGCCUACUGCUUGAUACCAUCGAGCAAGAGUGCCAGGCCAAGCUCCCAGCAUUCAUGGUUCCCACCAUGGUCUGGGUUACCAAGAUUCCCUACUUGGCUGCAUCAGGCAAGGUUGACACCAAGCUUUUGGGGCGAUUGGCAAGCGACUUCGUGGCUAGACAGCGGGAUGAGGAAUACGAAGACGCCAUCGGUCAGAGUCUCAGCACUGGUGAUGAUCUUAGUCCAGAAGAGUCGCUCGUCGUCGCGGCCAUUGAAGAAUCUGUGGGUGUCAGUGUCAAGGCCACUUCUAGCAGUGGCAUCCACCACCUUGGAAUCGACAGUCUCUCUGCGGUAAACUUGGUGUCUAUUUUGAGAAAACAAGGUUUCUCACAAUUGAAGAUGACGCAUAUACUCACAGCUUCGUGCACGGUUAGUGAUAUUGCCAGACUCGCUGAUAACGUCGCUUCAUCCACCGACAGCACUCCGAUUGAGACACCUACGUCUACGGAUGGUCAACACGACAUGCUAGUCAACACUAAAGCUCAUACUGUGACAGACCUUAGUCCACUUCUGACUAGUCUUGAAGCGAACAACAUCGAGGCUGUACUGCCUUGCCUUCCUCUCCAAUCCGCUCUCAUCGCUCGCUCCUUGAUGUGGCUCAGCGCUUAUGACAGCGACUCGGAAGGGCACGAUGUACCUUACGUGGCUCAGUUCAAUUACCGUCUUGAUAGCAACACUGAUAUCGCCAGGUGGAAGAACGCGGCUGAGCAGGUUCUCAUUUCAGAAGCCAUGUUGAGGACAUGCUUUAUCCAGCGAGAUGAGGAUGGCCAGAUAUUCCAAGUCGUUCUUCGAUCACCGCCUGUCUCGCCGCUACAGGAUACUCGAACUGCCGAUAUUGUCGCUAAGAUGCACGUGCAGCCUCCCAUCAGAUUGCUCGUUACGGAGAACUCUGAUGGGGCUACUGUCGCUCUCAAGAUACAUCACGCACUGUUUGACGGUGUUGCGAUCGACUCCAUCAAACAGAAGCUUGAGCAAGCGUACAAUGAUCCAAGCUCUGCAUCCAUUACCUCAAUCCACACCUUGAAUGCUCUGUCGAGAAUUUCCCACCACUGCAAUCCGACAGGUGAGGAGUUCGAGGUCACCAAGCGCUCUUGGCAAGAAGAAUUGAGCGGCGUUCAACCAUGUCGCAUUAAGGCUUCUGACGACGACAACACCAGCGGUUCAAUGGUUCGAGCGACACUUUGUUUGGGAUACACAACUUCUGAGCUCAAUGCCAAGCUCAAAUCUGGAUCCGACGCAACGAUCUCGACCUCUUCAGCGUUCCAGCUAGCGACCAGCCUCUGUCUCGCCCAACUUACUCAACAGUCGUCCAUCACCUAUGGCUUUGUCAUGUCGCUUCGACCUUUACUCGAUGAUGUCGCCGAUAAUGUUGACAGUCUUGUUGCACCAUGCCUCAACACGCUGAUCCGAACUCUUGCUCUGCAUGAUAUGGGUGAGAGUCUUCCCGAACUCGCUAACAGAGUUCACAAGGGUCACACCAAUGUCUGUCAAGGAACAAUGCCGCUCGUCAGCGUAGACAAAGUCCAGCGCUGGUCUGGCUCGGAGGAUAAGUUGUUUGACAGUCUUCUGAGCAUCAACAUUAUCCCCGCCCGCGACGACGAGGAGCCGAAACCAGGACACAUGACUGCCUUGCCGACUUCCAGCAGUAGUGACAUGGCCCUCGCCAUCGACGUUGAUCUUCAUGCCGAUGGCAAGAUCGUCUUGACGCUUUCUUCUGCUGGCGCUUUGAACGAGAAGCAGUUGGGCGACGUCGGCCAGCUAUUUGAGAAGGUUUUGUACAGCUGUUCUGACAGCAACGUCAAGAUCUCGGAUAUUGUACCUACGCUACUUGCAACCAAGGCACCUUCAUCAAUCACCCAGAAGGGCUCCAACAGUGGCAUUCCCGAAUUGAACACAACCGACACCGAUUACAAGAAAGCCUUGGCUGAGGUACAAGAAACGAUCAGUCGCUUCCUUCGUCUCGACCUCUCAGAAGUAUCCUCCAAGCCAGAGUCUACCUCUCUGUACCAACUAGGUCUUGACUCCAUCACCGUUCUACCUUUUGUGAAGCAGAUCAACAAGUCCAACAAGACGAAAUUAUCUUCACACACAGUCAUCAAGGCGCGUACUAUCAAGGGUGUCGCGGAACUCCUACGCGACGCAAGGACCAAGCAGACAUCGACCAUGAAUGGUGUUCCAACAACCUCGGUCGCCAAGCCUGAGAUCAACGCUUUGAGUGAGGGCGAUAUUUAUGAUAGAACCCUCGCUCGCCUGGCCAAGGACUUGAUGUUCGUCGCGACACCCCUCCAAGAGGGCAUGCUCAGCGCCUCACUUUCCACAGGUGGGAAUGCAUAUACCUAUGUGCAUGCUAUACAGUUGUCCGACACUGCUCUUGACGCCGACACUCACAACCUCGAUCAAUUCCUCGCUGCGGUCAAAGACACAGUAAUGGCCUGCGAGAUUCUCCGAACGAGGUUUAUGUUUACGGACGACGAUGAAUCGCCGUGGGUCGGUAUUGUUUCUCCAACUGAACAGAGUGAUCUUGUCAAUUGGGAAGUCAAGUCAUCGCCUCGUGGUAGGGUUCAUCUACGAAUUCAUCAUGCGCUUUACGACGCCACUUCCAUUCAGGCGAUCUGGCGCACUUUGGAGGAGAAUUAUCUCAGACGGCUCAACGGCGAGGUCUCCCAAUCGCCCAGCUUAUCGAAGCAUCUGUUCCGUCCUUUCGCGAAGACUGUUGCUUCUUCUCAGAAGUCAUCAAUUGCAUUUUGGACCGGUGAAGUUCGAGACUACACUUACACGCCAAUUGAUUUCCCUACCGACGAGCUUCAGGCAUCAUCCGCGUUCCAUUUCUCGCUGGAAGAGCAGGAUCUAUCUCUUCUACAUUCCAUAUGCAAAGAUCUCGGUGUCACUGUCAAGGCAGCGCUCCAAUUGGCAUGGGUCAAGGUCCUCUGUGAGUCACUCUAUCACCAAGCCGACGUGGUGUACGGUGAAGUCGUGUCCACCGAUGCAGAUGAUGAUGUCGCUAUCGUCGGACCUACCAUCAACACUCUUCCAAUGAGGGUCAAGCUUGGAGGUGUGAGCGAUGCCAUCACUGUGUCUCAGGCUUUGAACCUCGUGCAGAAGCAGAUCGACUAUGCAAGAGGCACCAACUCAAUGGCAUCUUUGAGAAAGGUCCAGACACAGUGGCGAUCGAGCCAGCAGGGACAGACUUCAGCUGGUCUCUUCCAGAGCCUUUUCGUGUUUGAUGGUAUUGUGGGUUCUUCUGAUGCCGCUAACGCAUCGUUGCCACUGUUCAGGCCGGCAGAGGCCAGCUCUGGAGACUCGACUGGGCCAGCCUACGAUGAUUAUCCGCUCAUUGUCAGCUUCCAUAUCAAGGACAAUAAGCUCAACGGAAAGUUGAGAGCCAAGAUUUCCGCAACAGAGGUCAAUGCUAUCGGUGAACAAUUGUCCGCUUCGCUGAAGAAUGUGCUGCACGGGUCGGACUCGCCCGCUAUCGACACUAAGCACCUUCGCGUCGCUGAAAAAGUCGAAGUCACAAAGCCAAAGAGCGACACAGUCAAGUCCACGGACUUGAACGGCUUGACCCCAACAGCGGAUGCGAUUCUCAACGUCGUCGAAAAAGUAAUCGGUACGAGACGUGGAGGUAAGAAGAUUGGCUACGACACCAAGUUGAUCAGUAUUGGUCUUGAUUCCAUCUUGGCCAUUCGCUUGUCAAAGCUCUUGAAGGAUCGUGUUGGAUUGAGUGUGAGCGUGUUUGAGAUUAUGAAGGGGGCUAGUGUUCGGGAUAUUGCUUCUCGUACACCCAAGGGUGGAAAGGCAUUGGUCAAGAAGGUGACGUCGUCGACGGUGGAUGAGGGACUGAAGGCACCGAUGGCCAAGGCUCUCGGUAUACCAGAGAGUCUUAUCAAGUCUGUUAUACCAGCUUUGUCUGGACAGAGAUCGCAUUUGGAGCAAUGGGUGCACAAUGGUAAGAAGUUUUUCGAGCCACCGUGGGUGUACAGAGUCGACGACUCUUUCACGGAGGACAAGGUAUCGAGUGCGUGGGCUGAGCUUGUUCGCACUCACGAUGUUCUUCGAACUACCUUUGUUUGUGAGAACGCUGGAGAGUUGCUUCAGGUGACUCUCAAUGAACAGUGGUUGCCUCUACAGAACUUCACAACCAUUCGGGAGUCAACAAAGACGAUCGAGGCCUUGAUCCACGAUCAUGUCUCCAAGGAAAACGUCAAGUCUUCUGACAUGAAGAGCCCUGCGGCCCGACUUUCGUUCUUGGAGACUUCUGAUGGCAAAGCGGUCGUUCUGAGACUGCACCACGCACUCUACGACGGAUGGAGCAUCAAAAUGGUUGAGAAGGACAUGAACCAGACUUUGACCUUGGGCAAGAUGGAAGGAUCUCAUCCGUCGCUGCAGAACAUUGUUCGGCAGAUGAGAGACAUCAGAGACCCUGAUGCUGAAACAGCCUACUGGAAGGAGCAUUUAUCGAACGCUGAAGAAACUGUCUUUGGAACGGUUGAUACUGCUACGCCAUCGCCUUUUGGUCCACAGUUCAAAGCGACGUUCCCAACCAACAUCCCUCAGGCUGCAGUUGACUUGCUCUCUCAGAAGAGUCAAUCGCAAACUUCCACUGCCAUCAUCCUCGCCUACGCCAAGACUCUCGAGAACAUAACGCAAACGACACGUCCUACCUUUGGCCUCAACCAUGCGUCCAGAUCUCUUUCAUCGCCUGACGGAACGCAAACUCUCGAUUUGACGGAUGCAAGCAUACCAACGCUCACUGUUACACCAUUGUCGGUGGACUUGGUUGGGUCAUUGAAGAGUCAACUCGGAUUCAUCCAGGAUCAUCUUGCGCAACUUGCAUGCUUCGCUCAAGCGGAUGGAUUAUCCAAGAUCAGUCCUCGAUUCAACUCAUACCUGAAUAUUAUCCACCGCAGCGAUACCACCCAGUCCGAUACCAGCGAUGGAGGAGCUUUGCAACGAUACAGACUUCCAGAGCCACUGGCGUCAAGUUACUUCACAACUACGGAGCCAUCGUCAACUGUGUCUACUGUUGAUCAGCUCAGCACGAGUCACUUGUGUGCUCACAGGCUUUUCUUCAAUAUCAUUGUGAGUCAAAGCGAUGGUAUCAAGAUUACCCUCAGUGCAGACAAGGCGAUUUGGGGUGGAGAUGACAAGAUGAUUGAGAAUUUAGUGCGAUGCUUUAGAGAUAGACUGGAGGAGGUGGUGAAGGAGCUGGAUUAGAUGGAUCUUUUAUCUUGUUUGCAUUUGUUCUAUAUCUUUUCUCUUAUUUACUUAGUCGCUAUGCCU